GAAAAUCUUUAACCCAAAAUUUUAUCCUACCUUUUAUAAUUUAGCCGAUAAUUUUUUCUAAAGGUAUUGGAUUAAAUGCAAGACGGAUUUAAACUUAAAGACUAAAUACACAGCUCAUGUUUGACAAUUUCGCUACUAUAAAAAUGGUUAGUUCUCUUGAACAUAAAAAAAAAAAAAAAUAUGGUUCAGUUAGUAGCAGAUUUUACUGAAAUUGCUUCACAAAUCAACACGUAACUCGGAAUGUAUGUCGGUUUCUUCGCCGCUUCCUUAAUCGGUGUGGCUUCUGUUCUGAUCGUCCAUGGGAAGAAACAUUUGACCCACAUCUUCGUUUUAUCCCAUUCUUCAAUAGACUUCUUGUCCCUUGAAAAUUUCCUUAGGCAAGAUGACUGAGGAGGAGUCUCACAGGGUUGUAUUGAAUUUAUACGACCUUAGCUGCGGAUUGGCUCGACAGUUCUCCACAGCAUUGAUGGGGAAAGCCAUUGAAGGCAUAUGGCACACUGGGAUUGUAGUGUAUGACAAUGAAUACUAUUAUGGUAGUGGAAUCUAUCACAGUCUUUCUGGAAAUACACCUUUUGGAACACCAAUCCAUGUCAUUGAUUUGGGCAUUACGCAUGUCCCAAAAGAUGUGUUUGAAACUUAUUUGACUGAAAUCAGCCCGCGUUAUACAGCUGAGACUUACAGCUUGUUGGCUCAUAAUUGCAACAAUUUCAGUAAUGAGGUUGCUCAGUUUUUGGUUGGCUCGACCAUCCCAGAGUAUAUUCUUCAGCUUCCCAACGAAGUUAGAAGUAGUCCCAUGGGCAGACUCAUGCUUCCGAUGAUUCAGAACCUCGAAACAACAUUAAAAUCUGGUUCAGUUCCAAAAGUUCCACAUAUUAGCCAUCAUCAACCCACGACAACAUCAGCUCCGAUAUCAGCCUUGGAUUCUAAUGUUGAAGAAUCACCAGACUCUGAUGUCGAACCGUCUGGUGGCGAUAGUAGCAAUGUAACUAAAGCGCAGUCUGCCAAGCAAAACGCGUCCGAGGAUUUGACACAUCUGUCAAUAGAGCCUGCUGCAGGGGUAGGGCAGCAGAAGUUCCCUGGGAAGACAAUUGAUGGAAGUUUGGUCAACAAUGCUCGUGUCAUGAUAGAAGACAGGAUUAAAGGUGAAUUUGCAUCGAUCAUGGCGACCGGGAAGCAUCGUGCAAGUGAAGCUGCUGCACUUGCAGCCAAGAGAGUGAUGAGCAAAUGUAAUAGACAUAUAAGUGCUGCAGCUUCACAGCACUAGAAGGUGUCAUGCAUCCUUCUUCCUCCAAUGCGGUUUUCUAAGAUAGUUCUAGAAUACAAGUAGUUAAUAGCUUUGCUUCAUGUACGGUUGGGGAAUACUCUUGAGAUAACUGUUCAUCUGCUGAGAUAACAUAGUAAGUUUAUAUAAUAUCAACUUUUUUUCUAGUUUUAAAAA